AUGUCUAGUCACCGUUACUUUUUGGAUCUCUUCAAUUGCUUCUCAAUGAUUUUAAAACAUGAAGUUGUCCUACAUCUACUAUAUAGUUCGAAAUUAAAAAAUCAUUUUGUGGCACGAUAUGGUACAACCAUUUAUCAGGAACUGAUUAGAAAUGUUUCAAUCAGCCACCUGAUUAUUGAAAGGAGCAUUACAAAUCUUUAUGCAAGUGCCGUAAUUUUCUCAACAGCAAACGUCUUUAAGCUGUUCAAGAGCCGUGUGGCUGUAAUUGUUAACCAUCUUUUUGAAGAGCAUGAGAUUGGACAGACCGUCAAAAGUUUACGUUGCUUUUCUGGUAAUCAUCCAAAUAAAUCAGCUAAUUAUCCUCUUUUAUCGGUCACAUUCGUCAUUAUCACCAGUGAAGUAAUCAAAGUCUUUUCUGAGAUUGUCCCAAACCAUACCAAUACGGAAGAUGGCUUAUUACUGACUCACAGAAGAGGUGGGAAGGCCAUACCACCAAGACUGAAGUACAAACCAUGGUUAGCAAAUGUACGCUCCAAGAACAAAAAAGCCGAAUUCUUAAAGUUUCUGGAAAAUCUACUUCAUUUUCGGUCUCUUAUAAAUUUCUGA